CCCACCCCAUUUCUUUCCCUUUGGCUCUGCAACGCCUCGUUGGUAAUGGCGGCGUCGACCAAAGCCCAGCGAAGCAAGCGACCAAGACAAGCCGUGGCGGAGGCUGUGCAAGUCCUUCUCCUCCUCCUCCUUUUUCUCUCCUCCUCCGCCGCUGCAUUGACCACUGACGGCCUCGCCCUCCUCGCCCUCAAGUCCGCCGUCACCGACGACCCCACCGGCGCCCUGGCCGCCUGGCUCGACUCCGACGCCAGUCCCUGCGCCUGGACCGGCGUCACCUGCCGCCGCGGUCGCGUCGCCGACCUCGCCCUUCCGAACCGCGCCCUCUCCGGCUACAUCCCCUCCGAGCUCUCCUUCCUCUCCGCCCUCCAGAGCCUCGCCCUUCCCGGAAACCGCCUCUCCGGCCCCGUUCCCGCUGCGCUCUCCGCCGUCGGCGGCCUGGCCGAGCUCGAUCUGUCCCGCAACAACCUCUCCGGCCCCAUCCCGCCCGAGUUCGGCCAGCUCAGCUCCCUCGCCCGCCUCGACCUCUCCUCCAACCUCCUCUACGGGCCGCUGCCCCCGGCCAUCGCCUCCCUCCCGCGCCUCUCCGGCGUGCUCAACCUCUCCUGCAACCUGCUCUCCGGGCCGGUACCGCCGGCGUACGGCGGCAUUCCGGCAGCCGUGAGCCUGGAUCUCCGGCAAAACAACCUCUCCGGCGAGAUCCCGCAGGUGGGGUCGCUCCUGAGCCAGGGUCCCACCGCCUUCUCCGGCAACCCAGGCCUCUGCGGCUUCCCGCUUAAGAAUCCGUGCCCGGCGCCCAAGCAGGACCACAGGAUCCCCCAGCCGAACCCCAUCCUCAACCUGAACUCCAGCGACGCCACACCCCGCCCGAUCGCGGCGGAGGGACGGAAGAAGCCGGUGGGAACCGUCCCGAUCAUCGCUGGCGUCGUGCUAGUCGUCGUCGCGUCGAUCCUCGUGCUCCAGUGGCACUUCCGCCGGAGGCGCGUCGCCAUGGAGGGCAAGGCCCCGAAGAACGAGAAGGGCUCCUCCCCCGGCGGCUUCGGCCCCGCGGGCUUGGCAGGAGAGGAACGGCGCGAUGGACACGGGUCGGAAGUUUACGCGGCGGUGGAUGAGGGGUUCGUGCUGGAGCUGGAGGAGCUGCUCCGGGCGUCGGCGUACGUGGUGGGGAAGAGCAGGAGCGGGAUCGUGUACAAGGUCGUGGUGGGCCGGGGGGGCUCCGCCGUAGCGGUGCGCCGCCUUAGCGAGGCGGAAGACGGGGACGCUUUCGGUGGAAGCGGCGGCGACGAGUGGCGGCGGCAGCGGGCCUUCGAGUCGGAGGCGAUCGCAAUCGGGCGGGCGAAGCACCCCAACGUGGUUCGCCUCCUCGCCUACUACUACGCGCCGGACGAGCGCCUCCUCGUCUACGACUACAUACCCAACGGCACCCUCCACGACGCCCUCCACGGUGGACCACGGAAUCCGACGCCUCCGGCCCUUCCCUGGACAGCGAGGCUCGCGAUACUACAGGGCGCCUCACGGGGGUUAGCUUACCUCCACGAGUUCAGCCCCCGGAAACACGCCCACGGGAGCAUCACCUCCUCCAAGAUCCUCCUCGACGACGACCUCCAGCCGCACAUAUCCGGCUUCGGACUCGCCUGCCUCGUCUCCUCCGGGGCUGAGCAGCGGCUUGCCAACCCCGCUUCCAAGAAGCAGGCAGCAGGGCCCGGGACGGACGGGUACCUGGCCCCGGAGGUCCCCGGCGGCGAGGCGACGCAGAGGGGGGACGUGUACGCGUUCGGGGUGGUGGCGCUGGAGGUGGUGACGGGGCGGGUGGCGGAGGCGGAUCUGGAGGCGUGGGUGCGCGGGGCGUUCCGGAAGGAGCGGCCGUUGUCGGAGGUGGUGGACCCGGCGCUGCUGCACGAGGUGCACGCCAAGCGGGAGGUGCUCGCAGUGUUCCACGUCGCGCUGGGGUGCACCGAGGCGGAUCCUGAGCUGCGGCCCCGGAUGCGGGCUGUGGCUGAGAGCCUGGAACGAGUCGUAGGCGCGGCGACCCGGUGACCCGUCUCGUGUUUGUUCUUUUGUUUCUUUGUAAUCAUGUUGUAUCAGUAGGUGUCGUAGCAAGUAGUAUUCACGUUCGCCCAGCCUUCGUAGCACUGAAGAAGGCCUCCUGUUGCUGUUCUUGGAGUGGCACAUCCUUGACGCAGCUCUGCAGCUUUAGUUCAGAUUUGCUUUGUCUUC